CUCAACGACCAGUCAAGAAAAUCAAACUACCAUUCUCUCUCUCUCUCUCUCUCUCAUCAGUCGCCCCUUCCAGUUACUUCUUUGAAUCUUUAUUGCUUCACUUUCGUUUGUGCUUUACCUACGUUCUUCCUCUCUCUCAAAAUUCCUCUCUUUGUUUCUCUCUCUAAAGCGCCGAUCUGGGUUCGAAUCCGCUGCGAUCAAUCGAAAAGUUGAAUGGCGAGGCCUGGCAACAAGAUUAUACAAGCCAAGCUGGUGCUUUUAGGUGACAUGGGUACUGGGAAAACCAGUUUGGUAUUGAGAUUUGUCAAGGGACAAUUUUUUGACAACCAGGAACCAACCAUUGGAGCAGCUUUUUUCACGCAGAUAUUGUCGUUAUCUGAAGCCACUGUAAAAUUUGACAUAUGGGACACAGCAGGACAGGAACGGUACCAUAGUUUGGCUCCAAUGUACUAUCGUGGUGCCGCAGCAGCCGUUGUUGUCUACGACAUGUCUAGCAUGGACACAUUUGUUCGAGCCAAAAAAUGGGUUCAGGAACUGAAAAAGCAAGGAAAUCCAAAUUUGAUAUUGGCGCUGGUGGCAAACAAGUCUGAUUUGGAAACAGAAAGAGAGGUGGAUUCUGAGGAGGGUCAGCAACUUUCACAAGAAAAUGGGAUGUUGUUCAUAGAAACAUCUGCGAAGGCUUCCGUGAACAUUAAUGAGCUUUUCUAUGAAAUAGCGAAACGAUUAGCAAAAGCCAGUCCUCCAAAGCCUACUGGAAUCAAUCUGCAAAGUAGACCACAGAACCAAAGAAGAUUCUUUUGUUGCUCAGUUUGACAUGACUUCCUGUUUAAAGAGUCCAAGCAGUCUCAAGAUGAACAGUGACACCAAGCAUUCUUUUACUUUCACGAGACCAAGCCGUCUUUACUUUCAUGUGUAAAUAGAAUACUCCUUCCCAGAAACAAGUUUUUCUUUUUCUUUUGCUUUUUAUGGUAAUUUCUCAUCAUAUCAUUUCUUAAUUCUGAUAACGUAUUUUUAUGGCAUUGCUAAAAGAGGUGUUUCCGGAAAUUUGUAAACGGAAUUGCUCUCAUGAAAUUUUAAACAGUCUCAUCAAUCAGAGUAUGUGCAUUUGGUGUUUAUAAA